GUCCUGAGAUGACCUGUUGAUGUCGGUAAAAUGGAGUAUAGCAGUGGGAGUCAUUUCCCCAUCCCAAAAAUAUUUAAAUAAAUACGAUUUGGAAUCGAUAGCUGACACCGUGGGACAACUGUCAACCUUAUCGAUACUGUUUGUGACAAUCGGUUGUUUUUAAUUCGUGGUUAAUCGCGGAAGCAGCGGAUACUGUGCAGUUGUCUGAGUGCAUGAGCUGGCAAACGCCGUGGCGCUCCUGGAUCGCGUGUUACUGCAUUCACUGCCAUUCUCUGUCGCCCCCCGGCCCGUGCCAGUGGAGCACUCCGAGCGGGCAGACUGGCACACGGCGCGGCGGUCACCUCCGUACACAGACAGCUAUCGCCGCGGUUUGAUCUUGCAUCCUGGUCAAAACGCAACUCACGGGAGAUACAAUUUGUAGCUAGUAACAGCUAGCUAUCAAUUAAGAGACCCUGUGGUGGUGUGCGUAGCGCACCAUGGCCCAGACCCUUCAGAUGGCGAUUCCUAACUUUGGCAACAACGUCUUGGAGUGUCUGAACGAGCAGCGUCUCCAGGGGCUCUACUGCGAUGUCUCCGUGGUCGUCAAGGGACACGCCUUCAAGGCUCACCGUGCCGUGCUUGCGGCCAGCAGUUCUUACUUCCGGGACCUGUUCAGCACUGGGGGAGGCAGCGGCUCCAAGACCCCCACAGUGGUGGAGCUCCCCCCGGCUGUCCAGCCCCAGAGCUUCCAGCAGAUCCUGGCCUUCUGCUACACAGGCCGCCUCAGCAUGACAGUGGGAGACCAGUUCCUCCUCAUGUACACCGCAGGCUUCCUGCAGAUCCAGCAGAUCAUGGAGAAGGGCACAGAGUUCUUCCUCAAGGUUUCCUCGCCCAGCUGUGACUCCCAGGACCUGCAGGCCGAGGAGGCUCCGCCCUCCGAACCCCAGAGCCCCGUCACUCAAACCGUUGCCGCGGGGACUGGCAGUCGCCCCGCCUCCUGCCUUACCCCCCUCCCCCUUGUGUCACGGGUGAAGACAGAGCAGCAGGGCAACCAAUCAGAAGCCUCGCCCUACUCGGUGGUGUGCACCCCUGUGGCCAAGCGCUUGUGGGAGGGCGGCAGCAGCCGAGACGGGGGCGGAGGGGGCUCAUGCGGAGGCGGGUCCAGGAAGGCCGCCCGCUUUUCUCAGGAGUCUGUGCGAGGGAGUGCCAUCCAGAGCUCGGGGGCGCUGACACUGGCCAUGGGGAUGGGCGCCAGCGGGGCGGGGAUAGGAUCAGGGGUCGGGGGUCACGGCAGCGGGUCCAACGGGAGUGUGGUCUCAAUGGGCAACAUGGCAUCGGAGGGCGCCAGCCCGGGCACGAUGAGCGCCUACACCAGUGACUCUCCUAUCAGUUACCAUGACGAGGAGGAAGAGGAGGAGGUGACGGAGGAGCAGACGGAGGAGCAGUACAGGCAGAUCUGUAACAUGUACACCAUGUACAGCAUGCUCAACGUGGGCGCCGCAGCUGGUGAGCGUGUGGAGGCCCUGCCGGACCACUCAGAGACCCGGGGUCGUAUGCGCGGUCGCCAGGACCUGUCGUCUCUCCCCGCUGAGCUCAUCACACAGAUAGGCAACCGCUGCCACCCCAAACUAUAUGAGGAGGGGGACCCCGCAGAGAAACUAGAGCUUGUCUCAGGUACGUGUGUGUUCAUAUCUCGAGCCCAGCUGAUGAACUGUCAUGUCAGUGCAGGGACCAGACACAAGGUGUUGCUCAGGAGGCUGCUGGCUGCCUUCUUCGACAGGAAUACUCUGGCUAACAGCUGUGGAACAGGAAUCCGCUCCUCCACUAACGACCCCAGCCGCAAGCCCCUGGACAACAGAGUGUUGCACGCAGUCAAAUUCUACAGCCAGAACUUCGCCACGAGCUUCAAGGAGAGUGAGAUGAACGCCAUCGCGGCGGACAUGUGCACCAACGCCCGCCGCGUCGUCCGCAAGAGCUGGAUCCCCAAGCUGAAGCUGCUCAUGGCUGAGGGCGACGCGUACUCCGCCUUCCUCCCUGAUGCCAAGAUGGAGGCCGACGCCCUCGGAGCGGAGCCAGGCUAUGAACCCAACUCCCUGGAGGGCGCCGAGACAGGCGGCUCAUCCGGCGAGUCGCUGCAGGGGGUGGGCAGCGACGGAGGCACUUUGUUUUAGAUGGGGAGGUGGAGUACAGUGUUUAGAAGACGAUGAUGAUGAUGAUGAUGAUGAUGAUGAAUACCUAUAUUUCCCUGUACUCCCCUCUUUCUUCUCCUCUGGUGGUGUGGCCCAUCCCCCUGACCCUUUGGCCUUUUGAUCCUCCACCUCCGACAUGUGACUCUGAAACGUUGCUAGGGGAAACAGGGGUUGUUACCAGGAUGUUAACCAGGAAGUUAUGCUUUAAUUUUGAAAGCGAGAGUCCAAGCAAUCGUAACUUCCAAUAUGGUUUCUGCUGUAUGUUAGUAUGGGGGUAGAGAAAGGGUGAUGGGUUUGUGGGGAUGCAGUAUUUUAUUUUAUUAUUAUUUUAGGUUUUUUAACCAAAUUCCUGCCUCUCCAUAUCAAAACACAUUCCCCUGGUUUUGAAUGUAGAUGUCAGCAGCAUCGCACAAUGUCAGUCUGAACGAUUGUAUCCCAACCUCUUGAGGAUAAACCGACAGAAAGAUAACUACUCUAUGGAUAUGAGAGAGACUGUAGUUUCUCUCUAGAAUGAGAGAAAAGGGGGAGGGAGGGAGCGAUAGAAAGACCCCUUCUCCACCUGUCCUCCAACCCCACCAGUCCUCCAACCCCACACCCUUCUGUGACCAGAACAAAAUGAUUAUGUCCUCAGUUUUAAUGUACUGUCUCUCUUCUUGUAGCUUUUAUGAUCACAGCUGGUUUCUCUGUUUGUAACAUGCGAUGGAUCCAGAGAUGAGGACUACAGGUUGUACCAUAAUUGUAAAGAAAUCCAAGGAGAACAAGGAAAGACGGUCAUAUUUUUUUGAAUAUGUAUUUAUACAACCGUGGGUGUGUACAGAGAGAAAGAGAGGGAUUGGUUUUAAAUCUCUGUUGUUUUAUUGUAUUUUGAACAGCUGUUUUUGCAAAGAAAGUCCUGCUCCGAAAAAAUAAGAUUUAAAAGCAAAGAAAUAAAAGUGCUAUUUUUGCAUAAAAAUAUGGUAUUGAUCAAGUGGUCAGAAAAGUCUUAAAGUAGGGCCUUUUGAGUUUUUUGUUUUGACGAACUAUUGAACUGAAAAAUAUCUGUUUUUAAGACAGAACUGGGCACUUUCUACCUGCGGCAAUCCAAUAUAGCUAAUCUUAUUAUUGUCCUUUUUCUCUAUGGAAAUUGUCAAGGAUGCCUACCUAUGUGGCUGUUGACAACGAUGACUGACUAUGUUAUGCUUGCUAGCGAGCUAGCGACGUUACUAUGAUAGCUAAACUGCUUACUCAAAUCACAGCUAAAUGUAAAAAUGCACAGCUUGAAUCAACUGGUUGACUGCUGCAACUAUCGUGCUAGCUAGCUAACCCCUCCUCUGGUGGUUAGUGACGUGCUCCGAAGCAGACUACUGACAUUAUUACACAUCAUGAGGUGGUGAUUCAAUGACUGGAAAACAUUUGGAAUAAUGGAAUGUGCCUUUUUUAAUCGACAUGGAUAUGCAGGGGUGGGUCCUGCUUAUGUUGAUGUUGGGAAGGAGGGAGUAGAACGGGGUUUAAAAGGUGGUAGGUCGUUCAGCUUGAGACAGAGUUGUAACACACACGUGUCCCAAAGAGAGAUGGGGUGAGGCCAGGGGGACUGGCAUUCCGGUGGAGUGUGUAGGUGUGUUUUAAACAGUCUCCUAUAUGUGCGAGAGCAAGCAUUUGUGUUCAUUCCUUGAAUGUGACUGAAAAGCAUAUUUGUUCCUGUGCGAUUGAUGUGUGUGAGUGUGCUUUAGGUGGAUGUGCGCGAGUGAGUGUGCUUUUACGUGUGGUGUGUGUGUGUGUGUGUGUGUGUGUGUGUGUGUGUGUGUGUGUGUGUGUGUGUCCAUCUCGUAGUGUUUUGGAUUGGUUUAAGACUCCCUCUGCUUGGACACUUGUCUUUGUGAACGAUGACCUACACCAUCUUCCAUACACCUUUGCAAUCCAAAAGAUGAGACACCUUCAGAUAGAAAAGUGAUGUAUAGAGUGGACACAAUUCACUUUUAUCCAUACGGCAGAGAUGCAGGUCCACUCUAUGCAUGACAUUUCUGUCCUGGUUGCUUUUUAACUCUCUCUCACGCUUGGUAAAUCCAAAAUGGACAAUGGUGGAUAUGUUAAAGGAGAGGUGAAGCACCUUUUUAUAUGGGAUGAACCCAUGUUUCUUGCACCUUUUGAUAAAGGGUUUUGAUGGGUUGUGUGGAGAAUCAACCCAAGGGUUGUUGUUCAAAUACUUUUAAGAGGCAUCCUUCCUCCCUUUCCUUGAUGUAAGCACUUCAGGGAAGGAACUAACGGAAGGGUGCAUUUAGAUAGUAUUGGAACAUAGCCUGCAUCUCAGAUCUGUGGAUGUGGGAUGUACUGGGAUGACUCAUGUUGUAAAUAUUGGGACCGUUGAGCUGACUUUCUUUCUACGCUCGUCUAGCGAUUUCCUAUGUAGGGUGAUUGUGUAAAAGUGUGGAAGCGAUGAAAGAGGACCGUUUUUUAUAUUUUUUUUUUGUUAUUUUUUACUUGGUCUUGCGUGUUGUCGAGACGUCAUGGAGACUGGUGUGUGUGUGAGCUCCCAGCAUGCAUUUGGCCUACAGGUCAGAGAAGGAGGAUGAUGGUUGCUUUGGUCUUCAAUUACUGGCCUAAUGUGCUACUGAGUUGGUGUGACUGAAGGGAGGGAGGAGGGGUCAUGUUUAGGGAGAGAGGUGUCAUGGCUGCAGACUCUGUGUCCAUCAGAAUGUUGUACAGAAAAAAAUAUUAAUUUUUUUUAACGUUUUUUUUUCUCUUUUUUUCUUGUAUUGCUUAUGCUUUAUUUUUCCUUUAAAGAAACGUGUACUGUAAAGACCUUAAAGAAAUGCUACUAAUUGAAGGUGGUGAACGAUUUACCAACUUCUUGCUGAAGAAAAAACUGAAAAGGAAAGAAAGAUAAUUGUACGACAGCUAGACAGAGCACCGAUAGCUAGACAGAGAACUGUAUAUUUUUUUCAUUGUUUGUGAUGAGGAUUCCAUGAGAGGUUCUUCCGGGGGGCAGACUAGGGCACUGUACUGUCUUUUGGGGGGGGGGAUGAAUUUUGGGGAGGUGGGUGUGUAGUAGUGGGUGUGUGGAGCUAUAGAGGUCUGAAUUAAACUUUGCACCUGUUAUUGAACCUGUACACCAGGGUCUGAUUUUUUUCCCCUGCUGAACAGAUCCCAUGAUAUUAUGGACACUGUCAGAUCCACUCUUGUUCACCGCCUGCUGUUCACAUGUGGUACUGCAGACCAGUGCACUGCCGGGAGCCACCACCAGAUGACAGUAUUUCCCCCACAGACCAUAGUCAAUGACUGAGUUGGUUACUAAGUGAUCAAAGUUCAGUUUUGCUUGUUUUGGAAAGGAUUACUUCUCUCAGCUCUGAAGCACAAGACUAAAGGAACAGAAAGGAAUGUUUGUUUGUGUGAGACAGGACAGUUCAAGCUGAUUCAUCCUCCAUCCCUACAGGUAGAUGUUCCUCCUCCCCCAACACACACACCUCAAGAGGAUGGACAAAGAAAGGCAGUGUCCAGUGUGGUAUAUAGGCUUGGCGAAGGACCUUUUUUCACAUAUACAUAUAUAAAUAUGAAUAUAUGUAUAGAUAUAUACUGUAUAUUAUACAUAGAGGCACUAAAGAAGUUGGAUUGUUAGUCGUGCACUCUCAGCAUGAGGUAUAUACCCACAAACCGCUUAUUGAAACCAGUGCAGUAGCAUCCCCAAUGUCUCUGCCCCUGCUCCUUGCCCUCUGUGACCCUGUAGUGCCAGUGCUCAUUCUGUUCUCAUUGUUUUCCAAGUGCCAAUAACUUUGUGAAACCCCUUAACUGUGACCCAAUAUUAUUCAAGGUAAUUGCACAUUAACUACUGUAAAGAAAAAUCAUUAAGGUAAAUGUCAACAUGGAUUAAAAAAAAAAUAUCUUAAUAAAAGGUUUGUAACAAAUGA